CAGGCAGGGCGGAACUGCUGUUUGCAGUAUGUGGAAGGAAGACGGACAGGCAGGCUGAGUUACAGCUUUUAAAGUAACGUGUUAACACGGCAAGGUGCUAUUUUAGAUCCCCUGUUUUUCUUACAACAUCGAGGAUACUUUGGCGGCUUGUUUCUGGGUGUUUUGUAAGAGUUUGAACUUCCCUCACAUUCUCCCCAACCGUAUUUCCACGAAGGGAGGCGGCGGCGGAGCGCUCGGCAGCCAUCUUUGGACCUGCCUGGGAGUGGGAUUCGACUAUUCUGGCUCCCCCAUUACUUCGAGGCUCUGAACACAUAUGAGACCUCUGUCCUGCAGAUGAGCCAUCGGUGGGGGCUUUCAAGUCGCUGUCGCAGACCCAGAUAGUUCCUGGCGGCAGCGGCAUCGCCCCCCAACUCCCCAUUAUGCCCAACAGCAGUCGGGCGGGGAGCCUGAAGGACCCCGAAAUCGCAGAUCUCUUCUUCAAGGAGGACCCAGAAAAGCUCUACUCAGAUCUGCGGGAGAUCGGACAUGGCAGCUUUGGUGCUGUAUACUUUGCACGGGAUGUGCGGACAAAUGAGGUGGUGGCCAUCAAGAAGAUGUCCUACAGUGGAAAGCAGUCCACCGAGAAAUGGCAAGACAUAAUCAAGGAGGUGAAAUUCCUGCAAAGAAUACAACACCCAAACAGCAUAGAGUACAAAGGAUGUUACCUGCGAGAGCACACUGCCUGGCUGGUAAUGGAGUACUGUCUCGGCUCUGCUUCAGAUUUGUUAGAAGUUCACAAGAAACCUCUACAAGAAGUUGAAAUAGCUGCAAUUACCCAUGGGGCUCUUCGAGGAUUGGCCUAUCUUCACUCCCACAACAUGAUUCACCGAGAUAUCAAGGCAGGAAACGUCUUGCUGACGGAGCCAGGGCAAGUGAAACUGGCCGAUUUUGGUUCUGCCUCCAUUGCCUGCCCGGCCAACUCCUUCGUUGGGACUCCAUAUUGGAUGGCCCCAGAAGUAAUUUUAGCCAUGGAUGAGGGCCAGUAUGAUGGAAAGAUUGACAUUUGGUCUUUGGGAAUCACCUGCAUUGAAUUAGCUGAGAGGAAGCCUCCACUGUUCAACAUGAAUGCAAUGAGUGCCUUAUACCAUAUAGCACAGAAUGAGAGCCCCACGCUGCAGUCUAGUGAAUGGUCCGAAUAUUUCCGAAACUUUGUAGAUUCUUGCCUUCAGAAAUUUCCCCAGGAUAGACCAAACUCUGAGGAGCUCUUAAAGCAUGCAUUUGUCCAGCGUGAGCGACCAGAAUCAGUUCUCAUAGACCUGAUAAGUCGGACUAAGGACGCAGUGCGAGAGCUUGACAAUCUGCAGUAUCGUAAAAUGAAGAAGAUCUUGUUUCAAGAAGCCCACAAUGGCCCCACAACGGAAGCACAAGAUGAAGAGGAGGAGCCAGAACACAGCAUGGGUAGGACGGGGACAGUAAACAGCGUGGGGAGCAACCAAUCCAUACCCAGUAUGUCAAUCAGUGCCAGUUCCCAGAGCAGCUCUGUCAACAGCCUGACAGAUGCAGGCGAUGACAAGAGUGAGGUGGACAUAGAGGGAGACCACACAGUCAUGUCCAACAGCUCUGUGAUACACCUCAAACCGGAGGAACAGACAUAUAAUGAAGAGUCGGAGCCAAACACCCGACCCACUGAGCCUCAGUCCCCUCCCGCACACACUCCACGGCCGAAACGAAACCGCGAACACUUUGCUACCAUUCGCACAGCCUCAGUGCUGACUCGCCAGAUAAAGGAGCAUGAACAAGACUCUGAGUUAAGAGAGCAGAUAUUGGGCUACAAGAGGAUGAGGCGGCAGCACCAGAAACAGCUGAUGGCUUUGGAAAACAAGCUGAAGGCUGAGAUGGAUGAGCACAGACUCCGCCUGGACAAAGAGCUGGAGAACCAGAGGAACAGCUUCGCCCAGGAGAUGGAGAAACUGAUCAAAAAGCACCUGGUGUCCAUGGAGAAAGAUGCAAAAACCUUUAACAAUGAUGAGAAGAAGUUCCAGCAACAUAUUCAGAGUCAGCAGAAGAAAGAGCUCAACAGCUUCCUCGAAUCUCAGAAACGCGAGUACAAACUUCGCAAGGAACAACUUAAAGAGGAGUUGAAUGAAAACCAGUCUACACCCAAGAAAGAAAAGCAAGAGUGGUUGUCCAAGCAGAAGGAGAACUUCCAGCACUUCCAAGCUGAGGAGGAGGCCAACCUGCAGCGCAGACAGAGGCAGUAUCUGGACCUGGAGUGCCGCAGAUUCAAACGGAGGAUCUUGAUCGCUCGCCACAAUAUUGAACAGGAUUUAGCGCGUGAGGAGCUAAACAAGCGUCAGACCCAGAAGGAUUUGGAACACGCCAUGCUUCUCCGGCACCAUGAGUCCAUGCAAGAGCUGGAGUUCCGCCAGCUCAACACCAUCCAAAAGACCAGGGCUGAGCUCACCCGCCUGCAGCACCAGACGGAGCUGACCAAUCAGCAGGAGUACAACAAGAGGAGGGAGAGGGAACUUCGACGUAAACACGUUAUGGAGGUCCGCCAACAGCCCAAGAGCCUCAAGUCCAAAGAGCUCCAGAUCAAGAAGCAGUUCCAGGACACGUGUAAGAUCCAGACCCGGCAGUACAAAGCUUUGAGGAACCAUCUGUUGGAGACCACACCAAAGUCAGAGCACAAGGCUGUCCUUAAACGGCUGAAGCAGGAGCAGCACCGCAAACUCGCCAUCUUGGCAGAGCAGUAUGACCACUCCAUCAAUGAGAUGCUUUCCACUCAGGCGCUCCGUCUGGAUGAGACUCAGGAGGCUCAGUGCCAAGGCCUGCGCAUGCAGCUGCAGCAGGAGCUGGAGCUGCUCAACGCCUACCAGAGCAAGAUCAAGAUGCAGACAGACGCCCAGCACGAGCGCGAGAGGAAGGACCUGGAGCAGAGGGUGUCCAUCCGAAGGGCCCUGCUGGAACAGAAGAUCGAGGAAGAGAUGUUGUCCUUGCAGAAUGAACGCUUGGAGCGAAUCCGGAGCCUUCUGGAACGUCAAGCCAGAGAAGUAGAGGCUUUUGAUUCAGAGAGCAUGCGCCUGGGCUUCAGCAAAGUGGUGCUAUCCAACAUCUCCCCAGAGGCCCUCAGCAACAGCUUUCCCGGAGCUACAGCUAAUUGGAGUCACCAUCAGCAACAACACCCGUCCGGGGGCUCUCAAGGCUCACCCUGGGGUAGCGGAGGUUCUAGCGUAGGGUCCGGCCACCACAGCAGCCAUCACCACUACCACUCCAGUCCGGGAGGGGCAUCUAUGCAGCAAGGCUGGGGGCAGGGAGGUGGGGCUCCUUCACCAUGGGGCCAUCCAUCAGCAGGAGGCAUGGUGUCUCGCAGCAGUGGAGGUGCACAGAACAGCCCCCAAGCAAUGGGGAGGACACCCUCGGGAGGGCGCAAUGAGCAGAAUAUGAGCAGGAGUACCAGUGUCACCUCUCAAAUAUCCAACGGGUCACACCUCUCCUUCACAUAGGUCCCCUUUCAGCCCCGGAGUCAGAAUCUGAGCGUGGAGACGUAGAAUCAAAACAAGCACAGUAGGACAGAGUAUUGGUGUAGCUCUGCUGCUCUGUCUCUUUCCCUGAGACCCCCCCCCUCCCCUCCUGUGUACAGAUGUGGAUGUGCGAUGAAAUUAGUGUUGCUCAGGUCAAAAGGGCUGGAAGAGACGCAGCCCCUCCUCACGGCAGAUUAUCGGCACACAUGCAGAUCCUUAGAAUUAUGUUACAACAGUAAUUUGAGUGUCAACAAAUAAUACUCCCAUCUGUUUUUCUUUACAGUUCUCUCCUGCUUGAAUAUAUGUUGUGUGCUAUUUACAGCCAUUGCUCUCAUUUUGCACAUGAAACACAUGCCUUUGACAUGUGCUUACGAUGUCUUUAGAAAUGUCGUCUCAAACAAUCAUAACAUUUAUUUACCCCCGCCCUCUCUCCUUCAAACUCCAGAUUCAUAUUCAGUUAUACACUGGUCGAUUCUCUGACUCAGCAUGCCUAUCUUAAAAUGCUUCGCUGCUGUGAUACCAGCCUGCUGUAAUGGUCAUUGUGAUGAAUUCGGUGCUUCCUUUUACUCACUAGUUUUAUUUUCCCUGAUUUCCUGUUCGUCAGCCAAAAAUGACACUUUGAACGAGAGCCAAAAUUCAAUAUUAUUAACCGUUUCAGGCUUAUGCUAUAACACUACUACAGUGCCUUUUAACCUUUUAGUCUUAGAUGCGUAAUAAAUAAAAAUUCAGUGUACGUUUAGUUAAGCUUGACUUUAGUUCCACGAGUCUCAAAUAGUUUUCUCAGAUCACUGUUUUCACUGUGUAUGCAGAAAAGUUGGUUUUAAGUCUUAAAAAGGGUGAGCAAUAGAGAAAUGACUUGUGUAAAUCAGUCACUUUAUUUUUGGUCUUUAGAGUUGUGGUCCUCUAUGGGGGAACUUGCGUUAGAGAAUGUAAUUGCACACAUUCACAGGAGGAAUUGUGUUGAGGGGGAAGAGGAGACUCAUUUGCCUUCAAAAACGAUUCUAGUAUUGAUCUGUUGAUUUUUAUUAGUGCCUUUUUUAAACUGCUGCCUUUUUCAAAGCACUUUAUACAGCAGAAAAUGUGUAAGGAAAGAAAAUAGCACCUGGUGGAUUAUUGUUUCAUCGGUACGCAUGUAGUUAAGUUGAGGAGUUGAGCUAACCCGUGUUGUGAUGUUGUAGGAGCAAUUCGCCAAGUACGGCCAAUACCUAGUUUAUUUUAACAGUAUAUGAAUAAGAGCGAAUUCCUUCUUCCUGCAGCUUGUACUGUUUGAAAUACAGCUGUUGCUGGUUAUUCCCUCUUUGUGUCUAUGCUGAAUUUCAGAUUGAAUAGAGGGUGUGUGAGGUUUCUAAAAUAUGAUUUCCCUACAGUCACGAUGAAAAACUGAACUGUGCUAAAUGAAAGUGUCCAUAAGAGCGCAAUUUGAAGAUGAAUUGUCAUGACCAUGACAGCAGGCUUGGCACAUCUAAGAAACUCUGCAACCUUAAAAACGUUAGGUCCCAGUUAAAUAACACUAAAAAUGUAAGGUGCUAAGUUGAUAUUACACCAUCUCAAGCAUGACAUUGUAUCAGAGACAUGUAAAUGUAACAUUGAGUGAACACACACAUUGUGAAAACAGCCAAAUACAAAAUGUAUGUGGCAAAAAGCACUUAGGAAUUCCUUUGAUAGCUCUAGCAGUUCCUCUAAUAAUAUCUUUCUCUGCUCGCUCCUUUUUCUCUGGUUUGUGGUUGAAACAUCUGAGAAGUGGGUACCCUUUAAACAUUUCUAACAGACUGUUCUACUUAGGCUUUCCAUUUCCAUACAAAUAGUUUUUAACAUUUUUUUGUUGAAGAGGCCAUUACGGAUAAGGAUCCAGAGAGAAUUAGAAUAUAUGCUCCAUCGAAUCACAAAGCUGGAGUUAAAUGUUCAUAUGUGUAUAUUUUAUUAAAGACAACAUUUAAAACCAAACUCACAUUUUAAGAAAAUAAUUUCUAAAACUAACUUUAUUUAACUGACAGACCACACUGAUAUUAGCGAACUGUCAAAGUGUUUUUUUUUUAUUAAGUUGUUUUGGACAUCACAUUGGAAGAUACUCUUGGUUUUGACACAAAUGCAUGAAUUCAGUCAUCCACUUAAAAUGCCACUCUUAAGUCCGGCGGCAUCUUCACUGCAGAGUCUGUUCUCCCCUGCUGCACACAUUUGAUCAUUUGUCCCCAAUCCACUGAUUCAGAGAUGUUUCUUCAGAUGCUGGCGCUCUCUGAAUGUCAUACUGUGAUAUAUUCCUAUCACAAUUGAGGACACAAUUGCUGGGGUCUGUUUCUUAAAUAGGUGGGAUGUUAAGUUUCCACAUGUGUAUAUAUCCUAUCUGCGAAAGGUAUGCAUUUUAUCAAGUUACAUAUGGUUUGGUCCCAAAACCUUUUAUUUUGUUUAAUGCAGAGUGACUAGUUCCAGCUACUUUAACACAGCAGAUUAUAUUUAUCAUUUAUUUUCUGAUUUGUUGAUAUUUGGUAAAGAAAAGGGGAAUGUAUUUAUCAUGAUCGGAAUCUUACCUUAAGUCAAAAGCCAAGUUUGAAUGUUAGGCCAAUCAAACCUCACAUACAUGCCAACCUUAAGUCUGUAUGCACAGAUUCUGUUAGCUUUUAUGUCAAUGUUGUGUGUGAGGGAGUCUGGAUAUUGUUGUCAAUCAUUGUCAGUCAUGGGACCUCUCCACAAACUGGGAUUUUAUUUUAUAUUUUUAACUUUGAUGUCAAAUUUUGUCCUACUGACUGAAAGCUUAUGGGAUACCGAACGAGAGUCUGCAACAAAAAUGGCGAUCCUUUCUAUGGUCAAACACUGUGCCAUACCUGAGUUGCCAAGCCCAGAGACCACUGCAUUGUCUCAUCUCCAGGGUUACACCUAUCAGUGGACUGACGGCAAGAAAUGUAUGAAACAUAAAAACAAGUCGGUUCUGGUUUUAGUGGCCAAAGUUAAAAGGCUGGAAAGAGGAUGUGGCGACAGGCAAAUUAUGAAAAGAGAUUGCAUUUCUUUGAAGAUGUCAGUAUUCUUCUUUGGCACAUUACCACUACAACUCAUAACCUGUAUUAAAAUGUAUAGAUGGUGGAACUUGUUGUUGAAUGUCAGAGAGAUUAUGGAGAUGGUAAAGUACUAAAAGUGGAUUUAAAUUGUGUAAAAAGAUUCAUAAAACAGAAUAAAAAUAGGAUCAAAUUUACUAUUUUGUUUGUAUUAUAUUUACCAUUGUGUUGGCAGAGGGAUAUUGAACAGAAAUCAGCUGUAAUAAAGUAAUUUUAGUAUAA